AUGAAUUUGGACAGCGACAAAGUAAGUUCAAAAGAAUAUUUUUCGACAACCGAAAAAAUAAUUAAUUUUCAGGAAAACAUAAAAAAUCCAAGCUUGGCACACGAAUCUUCAUCAUUUAUGUCACACCUGCGAUUGUCGGGUAUGGAAUAUGAAAAAUCGACGCUCAAUGGAAUUUACGACGAUGUCGAUGAAGCGGAACUCGAUGCGGCUGCAAAACAAUCCGAACUUUCACGACCAACGAAUAUGACACCACUUCAUGUUCAAGUCAACGGAUUUAAUGGCAGCGGAGUGAGUUGAUUGAAAAUUGCAUCAUUUUUUUUGAAAAAAAUAGAAAAAAAAAUUUGAUUUUUUAGUCCGAGCCAUCUUCAAUAUCCAGUGGUCAACGUGGAAUUUCAGCAGAAUCUUCUUCGUAUCUCGCCGCGAUGAAGCAAAAAGCAUUCAACAAAAGCAGUGAGUUAUACUUUUAUUGAAAAAAAUCUAAGAGUUCAAUUUCUAGAAGAAUAUCAAUUCCAAAGGCCGAGCACAUCAACAGCUCCAAUUAUGGGACCACCAAGUUCGUCAUCUUCAGUUAUGCUAAGUCCGGCAGGAGCAUUGAAUGGAAAUGGAUUCUCGUGAGUUCUACUAGGUUGUGAGAUAUAUUUUUGAAUCACAAAUUUUUGCAGGAGAAAUUCUGGCGAUUCUUCACCAAAUCCUGCAUUUCAACAACCAUCAAGGCAGUAUUUGAAAAGGUUUCGUUUAGAAAAUUGAAACAAAACAACCUCAUACUUUUAGACCACCACAAUAUCAGCCUGCACCUUCAACUCCUUCACCAUCAAGUGGCCAAUCUUCUUCUGGCUCUAUUCCAAAAUCACCGGCAACUCAAAGAAUGGGAAAUAUACCAAAAGAGACUGUUCGGAAAGAUAUUGAAGUAGGCCAAAGAAAAGCACUUUGUGAUGCUAUCCGAAAACUGCGGGACGAAAAACAAAUCAAUACUUUUAUACCACAAAUUGAUGGGCAAACCGAAACUCAAUGCGCGAUUAUGAUGCGAAGAAAUCGAACGGAAAUCGGUAAAACCAUGCCAACAGUCAUCAAAAAUGAAGUUUUUGGCGAGAAAGGCGACGAAUUCGCCGAUUCACGUAAAACUGCAGCGCUUUUGCGAGAAAACGCGGUUCUUCGAUUUCGUGUAUGUGAACCGGAUGAUUUGACAGAUAUUUCGGAAGAUGAAGAAGAUGAAUCUGUUAUUUCGAAAGCGAGGCGAAAAGAAUUGAUGGCGAUGAAAAUUCCGCAAAAUAAACUGAUUUGGAAUGAGAACAAAUUGAGGUUGAGUGGACAAAUGGCCAAAACAUCGCUUUUAAUUCAGGAGAAAUUGGCAAAACUCGAAUUGUUGGAAAUGGAGGUUUGUAAAAAUUAUUAGAUAUUGGGGAAAAGGACAAGUUCAUGUUUUAGUUAGGGGCAACAAGCUUUUUGAUUUAGCUCAAAUUUUCACAGAAUUCAAAGAAAUAUCUUUUCAUCCAUUUUUGAAUUCUGUUUUCGAAAAAUAUGGCACAAUGUAUAUUUUAAUAUUUUACAUCUUCAAGAAAAACAACAUCAAGUCAUUCAAAAUUUUCCAGAUUUCUGCCAUGAAUAUGUCAUCUGGUGUUCGAUUUGAAGGCGAAGAAUUGAUUCCUAGAAAAAGACGACUAAUCGAUGGAAAAAUCCAUCUUUUCGAUAAAAAGAAUAGUCUUGAUCGUGGAACGGAUUCGGAAAAAUAUGGAUGUUCGAGAGCGCGGCCGAUUAUUUCGUGGACAAAAAAUGCGUUGACCAAAAAUGUUUUUGAGUGAGUUUUUUGGGAAAAAACUUAUUCUGAAUUAAAGCUGUAUCAAAAAAUUAAUUUCCUGAUUGAGAAUUGAUAGGAAACUCUGUAAUUAUUUGAAGUAAUUAGUCGAACACCUUCGAUUUCGACAAAAACAGAGCUUCCAAUAGAAAAAAGACAUGAAAGGUACCAGAUUAUUUUUUGGGAUUGUUUCCAGCCAAAAUUUCGUUCAAAAAAAACUUGUCCCGCUUUCCUGUCUAAAACCAAGCAUCAAAUCUAAUUUUUUGCAGACCUGAAAAAUGCGAUUAUAACAAACCAUGUGGUUCAAACUGGUCAUCAUUACAACAACUUCCUCAACAUUAUCAUAAUCAAGUAACUGUUGGCGCAAGAAAUGUGAUAACAAAGUUAACCUCUGGAAAUACUGAUCAACGGGAAACUCGAGAAUUUGAAUAUGAAUCACAUGAAGAAGGAAAAGGAGCGGUUGGAGUGAAAGCUGUGACAGAAUUGGAUGUUAUGGAUUAUGUUGUGCCGAAAGAUUGUUAGUUUUUAAAAAUAAACAUUUUAUAAAAAUCAAUAUUUUCAGUCCAAUCUCUGGAAACUCGUCUCUUGUCAUAUUUUUACAAUUUGUCAUGUACUCCAAGCCUUGUUUAUCGUCGAUCGAGAGAUCGAUCGAUUUAUUUUAGUGCUGGAGCUGAGGAAAAACAUCGAAAUGGUGUUGAUCGGAGUGCGGCUGGACAAAAAGGAGAUCGAGUAAAAGAAAUACGAGAUCGAGAUAGAAAACGAAAAAAUGAUGAUGAUUUGAGUGAUGAAGAUGAUGAAAAAGAUGGAAAUUUGAAUGGAAAAAAUGGACAGAAUAAGAAGAAUGGACAGAAAAAUAAGAGAAGACCAGCGAAUAGAGUUGGAAAGAAAACUGUGAGUUUGGGAUUCUUGGGAAUCAGAAAUAUUGGCUCGGGAAAGAGAUUUUUUGAAACAAAAUCAGACCUCUAAUUGUUAGUUUGAGCUUUUAAUUAUUCUACAGUAUAUUUGAGCCUGAUAUUCGAGAAAUAAGACAUUUUGACCACAAAAAAAGCACAUUACUAGAAAAAUAUCAAUUAAAAAUGUAUUAAAACUCAAAUUAUCAUGAUUCACUUUGAAAAAUCUGAAUUUCGUUUUUUUCAGAUUCGAAAUCGCCCGGCUGGUGUUUCAAGCCGUCAAUCAACAAGUACAACACGGUCUCGACCUGAUUUUGACGACUAUUAUUUCGAUGAACCAUUCAGUGCACCACUUCCUCCCAAAAUUGCAUAUGCUCGAAUUUAUAUUCCAAAAUGGGAAGAAGUUGCACCAGAUUAUUGGUUGAAAUUUCCGCAAAAACCAUCAGAAUCAGCUGCGUCUGCCGCCACAACACCUUGUUCAAGUUCAACGAAUUCGCCGGCAAUAAAAGAACCAAUGUGGAUGACUGUUGCACAAGAUCAUCAUAAAUUGAUGUAUGUUGAAAGAGAAAGAGUUAAACGAGAAUUGGCGAAAAAGAAUCGACAAUUUGGAACGAGACAACGACUUGUUGGAUCUCUCACACCUUGCGAAAAACCGUCGGAUGAUGUUUUUUCGAUGGAAGAAGAUGUUAUUCUACAGAAUCUUCCGCCAUUCGAUCCGAAAAUUUUUGCAAAUGAGGAGGUUGGUUUUUUAGAAGGGAUAUAAAAUUGACAUUUUUUCCAUAAUCUGUUGGAUAAUUUCAAAUUACAAUCUUGGAAAAAAAGCCAUGUAGAAAUUCAAAUAUUUCCGAAAAGUCUAUGUAUCAAAUGCUUCACUUUAAAAUGUUGACCCAUAAAUUUGUUGCAAUAUUUGAAUUCAAAUUUUUCAAGAGAAAAUCAAGUUGAAAUUUUUAAUGUGUCUGUUCGGAAUAAUCGAUAAUUUAAGUUAGCUUUUUAACACUGAAAUCCACGUGUUACAUUCGAAACACAUUUUGAUGCCAAAAACUACGUGGUGUUUUAAAUUUAAUUGUUUUUUUUUUAAUAAAAUCCAAAUUUCAGCUAUCUCCAACACGUCGCCGUUUUGCUAACAAAGAAAGUCCAUUCGAAAAACGCACGUUCUCCUUAAUUUCAAACGGUAAAAAACCAUGA